GUGAAGUAAGAGAGGAUGAACCAAGAAGACUCUAAAUCUCGCCCCAUCUUGGAGCUGCGUGAGAAGAUCCAACCAGAGGUCAUGGAGCUGAUAAAACAACAAAGACUAAACCGACUGUGUGAAGGGACAUGUUUCAGGAAGAUCAGCACUCGGCGGCGUCAGGACAAGUUCUGGUAUUGUCGUCUGUCACCGAACCACAAACUGCUCCACUAUGGAGAUAUAGAGGAGUUCCCACAAGGACAAAUCCCUCAUGACUCCCUUCAGGAGAAGUUAACUGUAGCAGAUAUCAAAGCUGUGGUAACAGGGAAAGACUGCCCUCAUAUGAAGGAGAAAGGAGCACUUAAGCAGAACAAGGAAGUUCUCGAGUUGGCCUUCUCUGUCCUGUAUGAAUCAGAUGAAUAUUUAAACUUCAUCGCUCCAGACAAACAUGAGUACUGCAUCUGGACGGAUGGCCUGAACGCUCUUUUGGGUAAGGAGAUGACAAGUGACCUAACGAGGUCAGACCUGGACACUCUAGUUACCAUGGAGAUGAAACUUCGACUCUUGGACCUUGAAAACAUUCAGAUUCCCGAAGCACCACCCCCUGUCCCCAAGGAACCAAGUAAUUAUGACUUUGUUUACGACUACAACCAGCAGCAAACUUGA